GAGAGGUAGAAAAUGUGCCCGCUUGAUAACAGCAACGCGAACUGAACUACCAUAGAUGCAUCACGGUUCUCCGUGUUGCGAUCCACUGUCGUCUGAUCAGUUCUUCGGGGUCGAAAAGUGGGGAACCGCAGGAGGAGCUUCCGAAGGCGGUUUGAUCUGUGUCGCGUUCAGGAGGUGACUCCAGUUGCAAAAGAAUAUCGUUCGUUUUCGGAUCCAACACGUUGUUUUUGCCAAAAUAGUAUCGUAAAUAUCCCCCCAGUCGAACGAUCUUGCGUGCCUUUGAAGGAACUUUGGCUUUUAGUGACAUUUUUGGGACCGUUCUUCGUUGCUACCACGGUGAUUGAUACGCCGUAACCGAAAGGGCAGCAUCGGAUCGACGCACGAUUGCCAUUGACCACGUGAUACCGAAACAUGGAGAACACGUGACCGUGAAAGGGAUAACGCGUAAGGAACGAAGGGAAAGAAAGGAAAAGCGAUGCCAAGGGCCGCGAGAACCCCAUACGUAGAUCGAAAACGUGCGACCAUCGAUUGAGGUCAGAGCCGAGGGUCUCGUAGCGUCGUCGAGAAGGCAACGGUGCCGUUAACGAAGAUGAAGAAUAACGCGAAGAAUAACAUGAGCAACCACGAGAAAAACGGGCCGGAGAGCCUGAAGUUGUUGAGGGUGCCGUCCACCCCGCCUACAACACCGACUACACCUACCACCCCGAGUUCCAGGGGACUCGAGGACGUGUUCAGGGAUCUACCCAUCACCGACGAAACAUCAUGCGGCAUUUGGUGUAUUCGUGGUGUGACCUUGCAGAGAUUCGCGAACAAAAAGGCUUACGUGUUUCUCUAUGGUGUGCUUGGAUGUAUAUUCUCAGCCAGUUAUGCGUACUUCAAUGGUACCAUCACCACUAUCGAGAAAAGGUUCAAGAUACCAUCGAAGACCACAGGUCUUAUCACAGUGGGUAACGAUAUCUCACAAUUAUUUGUAUCGGUGGUCCUGUCCUAUUACGCGGGAAGGGGUCACAGGCCUCGAUGGAUCGCGUUUGGGAUUUACACCGUCGUCCUCUUUUGUUGUUUGACGAUGUUGCCGCAUUUUUUGUACGGCCCGGGAGAGGAUGCUCUUUUACUCACGAAAGAAUACGGAGCGAAGCCACGGAACGUAAAUUCGAGUCAUAUACCUGAUAAAUACCGGAAGUUCCUGUGUCUCGGAAAGGAGAACCGUGAAAACGAAUGCGAGGAUGCCGAUGGGAAUUUCGCACCCCAGGCGUUACUCUUCACAGCCCAACUGGUAUCAGGAGUUGGUGGAUCGUUGUAUUACACUCUAGGAGUGUCUUAUAUGGAUGACAAUAUACAGAAAUCAAAAACACCGGCGUUGAUUAGCUUCUCGUACUUCCUGAGGAUGUUGGGUCCAGCCAUUGGUUAUGGUUUAGCUUCGUUUGCCCUCAAGUUUUAUAUUAGUCCUACUCUGACACCUACGAUCACUACACAGGAUCCAAGGUGGUUAGGUGCCUGGUGGCUCGGUUGGAUCAUCCUAGCGUUCCUCCUAUUCUUCUUCGCCAGUGUUAUCGCCCUUUUCCCCAAAACUCUACCCAGAGCAGCAGCUCGUAAAGCUUUAGCUUUAGAACGAAACAAAUCAGCGACAAGUAUCAAAGAAGACGAAGAACCGGAAUUACCAGCUUCAUUUGCGGAUAUGAUGAGAACGUUUAAACGAUUGCUGACAAACACGACACUUAUGUGCAAUAAUCUAGCAACAGUUUUCUAUUUUAUGGGAUACAUGCCUUAUUGGAUAUUCAUGCCGAAAUACAUCGAAACUCAGUACAAACAAUCCGCUUCCGUCUCGUCGUUAAUUACCGGAACAGUCGGUCUGGUCUUCAGUGCAUUUGGAAUUCUUCUCUCCGGAUUAGUUAUCUCAAAAUACAAACCUAAGGCGAGGUACUUGGCUGCAUGGAACGUGAUGGUGGGAGCCGUGUCAGUUAUGGGGAUGAUCUCUUACGCUUUUCUUGGAUGUUCUGCCAAUGAUAGUCAAAUCACGGUUCAACCAGACGGCGCUUUGAAGACUCUACUUCCGUGCAACCAGCAGUGCCACUGCGAUUACGUUACUUAUAAUCCUGUCUGCUCGGAACAUGGUCAAACAUUUAUCUCUGCCUGCCACGCUGGGUGUCGUAAUGUAAAGCUUCAGGGUAACGGCAGUAAGAUGUACACAGAGUGCAGUUGCAUCAAACCAAAGUUUACACAUUCCUUGUCACAUUUAUUCGCAAACAACACGUCGAUGUACGCAACGGACGUUCCGUUUGAGAGCACCGACUCUGAUAGGUCAUCAAUAUUGGGUAGUGCAGUACCAGGUGCCUGUCCUGUAGACUGUAUGCACAAAUUUUAUGUGUUUUUGGCUGUGGUUUGUCUACUGAAAUUCAGUGGCGCCACCGGAAGAGCAUCAAAUUUUCUGGUUUCCGUCAGAUGCGUCGAUGAGAAGGAUAAAACGGUGGCUAUGGGUUUUGGAUUAACCAUCAUGAGCUUAUUUGCUUUCAUACCUUCGCCAAUAUUGUUUGGAUUUAUCUUAGAUAGGACCUGUCUUGUUUGGGGCAAAACGUGUUCGGGUACAGGAAACUGUUGGCUUUACAACGGGGAAACCUUAAGAUAUCUGCUAAACUUUACAGCAGCUACUUUCGUAACGAUUGGUACGUUAUUCGACAUGGGUGUUUGGUAUUUCGUGAAAGACGUAAAGAUCUUCGACGAGGAGAUCGAGCUGAAAGACAUAGCCGAGGAACCCGGGGAGACACUUUGAAAGUGAGUCCUUAACGAUCGAGUCAGAUCGCUUCGUUUCAAGUAAAAAAGGUGGAAUAAAGGUUCGAACUGCAAAGUCGUUGGUCGAAGAGCAAAAGAAACAAAACAAAAAAACCAGACGGGAAAGAUGGAAAACGAGAGAGCCGACGAAUAAAGACUUUACAAGUACCUUAAGCAUCUUCUUAGAUAUUUAAAAAAAACGAACUCGUAGUACCUCGGAUAGAACUUACCAUUAACUAGUUCAUUCGUGAGGCACAGCAUUUGAGACAGAAAACGAAUUUAAUUUCUUUCUUUUUUUUACUCUUCUCGCCUCAUGAUCAUUGUCAACGAGAUAUAUUCUCAUCAUUUAUGAGGAGCCUGAAAUAAUUUUUGGCACGUGUAAACUAACGAGGGAACUCCCCGCGGUAUCUCCCUUUAAUUUCAAUAAAAUUGAGAUAUGUUAUAUUCCAGAAAAACAUUUGUAGACACACGAAAAUAUGUGGAAAAGUAAAUAGGGGGUAGGAGUAUUUUAGGGGUGCUUCACCCUUUGGACAUAGAGACUUUAAAAAAGUUUUCUAGAAGUGGUUCCUUACAGUAUAAACUAAAUAUUAAAUUAUCCUGUUAUAUGCCCAAUUUUACAGGUGGCUUUUACCCUUUUAAAUUAUAUAAAAACACAUGUAGUUUAUUUUUUAAGUUCACUUAAUAUACUUCAGUUUUAUUAAAAUCAAAGGAAGACACCUAAAAAGGUUUUGUUAUACAAUUUGUAAUAAUUGGAGAUCUUUGAAUUCUGUACAAUGUACUAUGUAUAUAUCGGUGAACGGAAGUGUUACUACGUUGAAUUUAACGGUAGGGUGCCAUACAUCAUGUUGGUUUUAAUUCGCAACCUCGAAUAGGUAUUAAGUUUAUUCAAUAAAAUAAAAGGUGUUACCCAAAUUUGAUCACAAUUAUUUUAGGAUUAUAUUAAUUACGCAUAACAUGUUUUUAAAUGAUUGUAAGGGAAGGAAAUAAUUGAUCCAUUCACUUAAAUAAAAUAUUGAUGCGUAAAGUUGGUAGAUGGAACAGAAAUAAGGCUUAUAAUGGUGGUAACAGCGAGAACAAAAGCAAGCAAUAAAUAAUUGAAAAUUUAAA